GAGCAUGCUCAGUAGCUCCAGCAGGUUCCAGAUGCAGACUGCAGCGCCUCGUCCUGACCACGGACAGCGCGGAGGUCUCGGCAGGGGCAGGAAGUGAGUCGGCUCUGUCUGGAGGCAGCGACGGCGGCGGCAGCGGCGGUAGCAGCUAAAGCGUCCGAGUGCCCCGGAACUUGGACGCCUCCCCCUUUCUCCUUCAACCCUCUUCUAGUCCAAGAGAUUCCUGCAGCCCGGCGGGGAUGGAUCUUCAUAAGCCGAUGACCACUCGCCGCUACCAAGUGCUUCAUAAUGAAGAUGAUAAUUCAGAAUUACCUGUUGUUGAGCCACCAUCAACUUCAACACAGAUACCACAGACUUCUCCUUCUGCACCAAUACUUGAACCUGAGACUUCUCCUCCACCUUAUAGUAGCAUUACUGUGGAAGCAGCUGCAACUUCAGAACCUGAAACUCACAGUGAAUUUUAUCCUGUGCCACCACCCUACAGUGUAGCUACCUCUCUUCCUACGUAUGAUGAAGCAGAGAAAGCCAAAGCUGCUGCAAUGGCAGCUGCAGCAGCAGAACCAUCUCUGAGACACGGACAGUUUAGGGAAUCUAGGAGUCUAUUUGAUGAAAUAUUCCUGCACUCACCAGAGGAAGAAGAGUUUCCUCCAAGAGAUGACUUCAGUGAUGCAGAUCAGCUUAGAGUGGGAAAUGAUGGUAUCUUCAUGCUGGCAUUUUUCAUGGCAUUUAUUUUCAACUGGAUUGGAUUUUGUUUAUCCUUUUGUAUAACUAAUACCAUUGCUGGAAGAUAUGGUGCCAUUUGUGGAUUUGGCCUUUCAUUGAUCAAAUGGAUCCUCAUUGUUCGGUUUUCUGAUUUUUUUACUGGAUAUGUCAAUGGACAAUACUGGCUUUGGUGGAUAUUUCUUGUCCUUGGCCUCCUCCUUUUCUUCAGAGGAUUUGUCAAUUAUCUUAAAGUCAGAAACAUGUCGGAAAGUAUGGCAGCUGCUCAUAGGACAAGGUUUUUCUUCUUGUAUUGAUGACUACAUCGACCAGACAUUCCUUUCCUAUACCAAUGUGAAAUUUCCAGAUGAUCUGUAAGCUUCCAGCCUAAUAGGAUAGAAGACUACUAACAACAGAAGACCAAUUAGAGAAGAAAAUAAUUGAAUGACAGGGUGGUUUAUUCUUAGAUGCCAUUUCUGUUCAUUCUCUGAAAUAUUUGUUACCUUUGUUAUUUGCACAUUUGCAUAUGUUUCAUUUAUAAGGAAAGAAUUCACAUGAAAAAGCAACUUGUGUAAUAGAGAUAAGGUGCAGUUAGACUUGGUUAUUAAUCAGUGUUCAUGUACCUGAAAGACUUGAGUGGUAAAUUCUCUUUAUAAGCAUGUAUGUACCACUGAUAUAGUAAUCUGAAGUUUAUUUGCAUAAAAAUUAAAUUUCCUUACUUCAGAUUAGGUAGGUCAGACUCUUAAUUAAUUUUAUGGAUAAUAAAUUCAUCUAGUAAUUAUUCAUAUAGAAUAUCAUUUGUUAUAAAGUUUUCCAGAACUUGCAUUGUUGAUUAUUAGAGGAGUUGUCAAGUUUUGACCAAGGUAUUGCUUCAUCCACUAAAAACCCUUUCCCUCUGUAAAUAACCAUGCAUUAAUUUCUUUUCAGACUACUUUCUUGUAGAUUAUGUCUAAAUCUUUUCCUAUUCAUUUUAAAACCAUUUACCUUUAAUAAAUAUGGUAUGUAUGUAAAUUUAUAGACAGACCUAUAGAUAAAUAUAGAUCUUUUAGGUGUUAAUAACAUAGAUUAUUUUGGAACAGAAUUUCAGAGGGGAUUAGUGUACCAAAUGACUAUUUGGAUAAGUUUUCUUUUGAGCUUCAAUGAUAGCUAAAGAAGUAACUUGGUUUGUAGUAUGAUCCAUAUUAUUUGAGCAAGAGUUUGUUUUCGGUAUUAACAUCACAUCUGAUCUAUUAAAUUAAAUUUUUUGAAAAUUAUUUUUGAAUUAUGCCAGUCUCAUUUUGAGAUAAUCCUAAAAAAAGAGCAGUCUUGAUAGAUGUAGAUGUCUUUUUAGUAAUAAGGAGUUUUCUCUUUAGUUGUUUAUUUAAGCUCAGCUAAUAAGUAAAAACCUUCAAUAUAAAUAGCUUCUUGCUUCAUAGUAAUAGUGUUAAGUUUUGAGAAAAUCAUCUCUUGUAGCUAGGUGUAUAAAACUUAAGAAUAUUACCAAUGGUCUUUGUGCCAUACUUUUAAGAAUUCACCCUCUCAGCCAUUAUCAACAUAACUGGAAUCCAGGUUUUCAGUCAUAGAUAAAUGUAUUUUGCACCUUUCAAAAUAAUUUCUCAUCAGUUUUUAUUUUUUAAAUUAUAAUUUUAUUUUUUAAUGUUAGAAAUGGUGGAGUCUGUGUCAAAUCUUCAAAAUUUAACUUUAUAUCUAUAUGAGACCUAAAAAUGGCACAUAUUGACCAUAUUAUUCUUUGAAGGCUACUAUAAAAAGUGAAUAUAACUUUUCAGAGAGAAAUAUGCUUUCUACUUGAUGAAAUACAAUUUAUUGUGUUUAGUAUCUUUUGAAUUUCAUCUUUAUACUCUUCUGUUUUUCCCCAUUAUCUUUAUGAAUGGCAAAUAAAAACAUAUAAUUUUGUUUUGCUAA